GCGCCAGCUGCCCUCCCCGGGCCGGCCCCAGUUCCGGCCUGCAGCUACCGACGCGCCAGGGGACGGUUUCUUCUUAAAAGAGAAACGGCGGCGGCGCGCGCGAGGCCCCGGCGCGCAUGGCUUCCUCCCCGGCAGCGGACUUGUCCCUUGGGCGGAGGGAGAAGCGGCGGCAGCUGGAUGCGCGCCGCAGCAAGUGCCGCAUCCGCCUGGGCGGCCACAUGGAGCGGUGGUGCCUUCUCAAGGAGCGGCUGGGCUUCUCCCUGCACUCGCAGCUGGCCAAGUUCCUGCUGGACCGAUACACUUCUUCAGGCUGCAUCCUCUGUGCAGGUCCUGAGCCUUUGCCCCCCAACGGUCUGCAGUAUCUGGUGCUCUUGUCUCAUGCCCACAGCAGAGAGUGCAGCCUGGUACCUGGACUUCGGGGGCCUGGGGGCCAAGAUGGGGGGCUUGUGUGGGAGUGCUCAGCAGGCCACACCUUCUCCUGGGGACCCUCUGUGAGCCCUACACCUACAGAGGCACCUAAGCCAGUCCCCCUUCCACAUACUGCCGGGAGAAGUUGGUACCCAGAGGCCAGGAAUGGGCAGGAGCCUGCAGGUUUGGAAUCUGAGCAUAAUGAGAGGACUCAAGAGGCCAGGUUGCCCAGGGGGGUGGGACCCCCACCAGAGACCUUCCCACCCCCAGGAGAGGAAGAGGGUGAGGAAGAAGAGAACGAUGAGGAUGAAGAGGAGAUGCUCAGUGAUGCCAGCUUAUGGACCUACAGCUCCUCUCCAGAUGACAGUGAACCAGAUGUCCCCAGACCACCCCCUUCCCCUGUCACCCACACACCUAAGGAGGGGGAGACACCACCAGCCCCUGCAGCUCUCUCUACUCCUCUUGCUGGGCCGUCCUUGUCAGCAUCCUCACUGGGUUCCAGGGCUCUUCUGCCUGUGGAAGUGGAGGGACAGCCGGAGCUCACUGGGACCUCUCGAGCAGCCCAGCAGACUGAGCUCUCGGCCAGCACUGGGAGUCAGGCCCAGUCUGCUCCAGCUGCAGCCUGGGAUGAGGACACUGCACAGAUCGGCCCCAAGAGAAUUAGGAAAGCUGCCAAGAGAGAGCUGAUGCCUUGUGACUUCCCUGGCUGUGGAAGGAUCUUCUCCAACCGGCAGUAUUUGAAUCACCACAAGAAGUACCAGCACAUCCACCAGAAGUCCUUCUCCUGCCCAGAGCCGGGCUGCGGGAAGUCUUUCAACUUUAAGAAACACUUGAAGGAGCACAUGAAGCUGCACAGUGACACCCGGGACUACAUCUGUGAGUUCUGCGCCCGGUCUUUCCGCACUAGCAGCAACCUUGUCAUCCACAGGCGCAUCCACACUGGAGAGAAACCCCUGCAGUGUGAAAUAUGCGGGUUCACCUGCCGCCAGAAGGCCUCCCUGAACUGGCACCGGCGCAAGCAUGCAGAGACGGUGGCUGCCUUGCGCUUCCCCUGUGAGUUCUGCGGCAAGCGCUUUGAGAAGCCAGACAGUGUUGCAGCCCACCGUAGCAAAAGUCACCCGGGCCUGCCCCCAGCCCCGCAAGAGUCACCCAGUGGCGGCCCUCUGGAGCCUUGUCCCAGCAUCUCUGCCCCAGAGCCCGAGGGGCCCAGGCCCUGUCUGUCUCCUCAGGCUGCAAGCCUGCUCCCUCGGCAGUAAGCUCUUCUGUGGCUUUGGCUUUGGGGAGCCAGACCCCAGGGACAGAAAAGGAGCAAGGAGAGAGCCCAGAUGCCUGGUCCCCUGGAACUAGGGUGGUGGGGAGUACAGGCUGGGGGCAAGACUGGGAUCUAGGGGAGUUGGGCUACUUUAGUCUUCCCAAAGGACAGAAUAAACAGAGUAUUUUACAUGGG